AUGUCCAAGAACGGAUAUAAAUCCUACAUCCUAUCGGCAACCGUCGACCUCGAAACCAGCGGGACCCAAACCGGCAACGCCACCAAAGAGCGCACCUGCCAGCGCAAAUCCAUCGAGCUAAUGGGAGAAAUCGCCCGCUACCUCGAGCUCCCAGAGCACGGAAUCGGCGCAUACUGCAUCUACAGCGGCCUCCGAACCAAGGAGCAGAAGUGGCAGGUUCUCAUUUUGCUGGAGAAGCCGGACAAGAUCGCCAUGACAGACGAAGAGAUCCGCAAAUUCCGCAAAGAAAUCGCGGAUACGUUCCUGCACGGCAAUGCGCCGGACGCGGCGCACGCGGUCACCGGGCUUCGGGACUUCCCCUGGCGCCUGACGGCGUCUUGGGAAACCAAGGGCUGGGCGCAUGUGUCGAAGCUGGCGAUGUACAAUGGCCAGCACUUUGUUUUGGGGCGGGAUGGAGAACGUUGGGAUCUCGUUGAGGGGCGGGCGCUUCGUAAGGCGAUGAAUCAGGGCGAGUCCGCCUCUCCGGGUUGGCUUAGUCGGGUUUCGAACAUGCUUUAUGCUAUUAUUCCCACUGGGAAGGGGCAGCAGCGAGCUGAUCUGACGCUGGAGGAGGCGUUGGAGAAGAUGAAGCAGACGACGUCGGAGGAGUGA